AUGGGCGAUCCCGACACACUUAUAAGAGGGGCCUGGGUGGUUCAAGACCAGUUCCUCAUGCAGGAGCAGAGACCCUCCAAGCGCUUUCGCUCAACGGCCCCUAAUCAAGGUGUUCAUCCCCAGGAGACGGGCUGCCCUGGUGCAGAAGGCGGAGACCCUGGGGGGGCAGCCGGACCCCCGCAGCCAGGCCAGCCCUCGAGACCCUUUGCUUAUGUGAACCCCGUGAGACGUGAGGCCCCCGCUUUCGUGGGCUCGUCUCGCCUUGCACAGAGAGGCCGAGGCCACCGCAGGGGAGCUAGCCAGGGGGCUGAAAGAGGCCGGGGCAGGGACCCCCGCCUGCACAGGGACCCCCGCCUGCAGGAGGGGCCGGGACGCCUGCUGGGGCCAGAUCUGCAUUUGGAGCUGGACAGCGGAGAGGUGCCCGAACAGCCCGCGGAGCCAGAAGCCAGGGAGACCCCUUUCACCAGAGCAGCCAUGGCGGCCGCGGCACACGGACACGUGCUGCGGAACCCCGGCCCCGGCAGUGACACACUUAGGAUGAGACCCCAGGGGCCGCCCAAUGCCUACGGGUUCUGGGGUCUCAGGGAGGUCCAGCCUUCCGCCUGUUCCUACGUUGGGUUCAUACCCUCGGGCUCUGCUCUGAUAGUCAUGCAGACGCCCUCCGGCACCUACCUGUAUUCAGUCGCAGCACCCUAUGCCCACCACAGCCAGCCCCUCUCUCUCUGA